AUGCAAUCGGGCAGACAGCCAGACAUGCUCACACUCAGAGUCGCAAUAGUUCCCUCUUCUCCUCAGCUCCUCUCCGAUGUCAAUUUGCAAUUGGGACUGGGUUGUGGCCUUGUGGAGGCUGCUACGACUUGUUAUGUUGCUACAAAUUCGGGGCUCGCGAAUAUAAGUGGAAAAUACUUUUCAGAUUGUAAUGAAGAUUCAACAUCAAAUUUGGGUUCCAAUUUAGCAGAAGCUGCAAGAUUAUGGCCUGCCUCCGAGUUUAUGGUAAGGAGACGAGUGCCAGAUUUUACUCCAGCUAAAGUAUUGGAUUUUGGGGCAGGAACAGGAUCGGCAAUGUGGGCAAUGAUGGAGGUGUGGCCUCAGUCUUUAGAGACAAUUAAUUUGGUGGAGCCAUCACAGUCGAUGCAAAGAGCAGGACAAAGCCUUCUUAAAGGUCUAAAAAAUUUGCCACUCAUUCAAAGUUAUGGCAGCAUACAAUCGUUAUCUAAGCAUGCCAAUAAGUCUGGCAGACAACACGAUCUGGUCAUUGCUGUUCUGGUUGAACCCGGAACACCACAAGGAUCAAAUAUCAUAUCUCAAAUGCGAUCACAUAUCUUAUGGAUGGAGAAGAGGAGAAGCCGUAAAUUACAAAAUGCAGCUAAUAAGGCCUCUAAUGAUUUGAUGACACGCAAAACUGGUGCGUUUGUAGUUGCUCCUUGUCCUCAUGAUGGAGCUUGCCCGCUGCAGAACACAGACAAGUACUGUCAUUUUGUUCAACGCUUGGAGAGGACAUCAUCACAGCGAGCAUACAAGCGAUCCAAGAAUAAUUCUUUACGUGGCUUUGAAGAUGAAAAGUUCUCUUACAUUGUUUUCAGACGAGGAACACGCCCAAGAGGACCUUGGCCACUUGAUGGUAUGAAGUUUGAAACAUUGAAGGAGAUACAUGCUAAAAGAAUACCAGAUGAUCUGGAUAUUGACACUGAAAAUCAAUUCACGACAAAAGCUUCUGCCGAGGAUGACCAAUAUGAGAAUCAUCCAGCACCGUCAUGUGAUUCGGAUAUGUCUGAAACAGAUUCUAUUACUGAUAUUGAUGAUGCAGAAAACUACGAAGUAGAAAAGCCUCGAGCUGAUCUUGGCAGUGGCUGGGGUCGAAUAAUUUACAUGCCACUAAGGAGGGGCAAGCGGGUUGAAUUUGAUGUUUGUCGAGCAAUGAAUUACGAAGGUACUGAGGGAUCCUUUGAUCGUGUUGUUGUCACGCAGAGUAAUAAUCCAUUGCUGCAUCAUCAAGCUCGACGGUCUAUUUGGGGCGACUUGUGGCCGCUUCGAAGUGGAGAAAGUAAUAAGUUUUACAUGUAA